CUCCAUAUAUCUCCAUCUCAAUCCUCCCAAGAGAUUUCGAAUACUCGACUGUAUCUGUCUUCCAUCUCGAGACUUCCAUCUUCAAACACCCAACCACAUAUAUCUUCCAUCUCAAACACUCAACCACAUCUACUCCGCAUGAAUAAACUCCCCCUCAACACCCUCAAAUCCUGCCUCCCAAUAACAAGCUUCCCUACGCCCCUUCCCAUCUCACUAGAAGACCUACAAACCGCCAUGACCACAAUGUCCUCCAACAUCAUCUCACUCACCACCUCCAUCUCCCAAGCCCUCACCACCCCCAGCAGACCCACCUGCGCAGACACAUCCUGCCAACGGCCUGUCGUCCCUCGACCACGUGACGACAAGGCGGUGCUGUGUCUCCAGCACGAACGGCAAUUGAAGCAGAGUGUGCUGACGAUGAUCCAGGGAUGGCGCAAGGACGGCGUGCCUACGGGCGGGAGUCCGGUAUCGGGGUGGAUUCCUGAAUAUCACGGACAAUCACAGACUGGGUAUGAAGUCGAGGAGUCUGCGGUGGGAUUACUGGCUGGACGUCAGGAUGAACUUACUGCUGCGUUAGCGAAGGUGCAGCAAGGGCUUGCGGAGGUGCAGCAAAUGCUUGAGGAAUACGGAUCUCGCAAAGCGGAGCAAUUGGAGGAGGGGCGAACACCAUCUGAUGUGUCUUUUUGAGCAUGUGUGGUAUGUUUGUAUUUUGUGAAUUCUUUUUACAUACGAGUGUUUUGGGGGUUAUUGAUUGCCCUUGUUUUCAUCUAACAUUAACGACGGAACAUCUAUAUUGAAAAGACAUUGGGUUGGCAUAAGAAACUCCAUAUUACUGUUAUUACCAAUAAAGAAGCAUAUUUAUUUCUUUUCAUCACCAAAUAGAUCCUUUUCCAACAUUUGCCUACGCAAGCCACGUGUUAGU